GGCAUAUCCAACCACCUGGCAUCUUCUGCAGGUCACUGUCCUAAACUGCUGGGAAGAUGAAGCUGGCAGCUCUCACUGCAGGGUUUGGACUGAUUCUGCUGCUGCUGGAAGCCAGGGAGACUCUGGGAGGUGCUCACUCUCUCUGCCUCAACCUCACUGUCAGAUCUCAGGCCUCACCUGGACAGCCCUGGUGUGUUGCCCAGGGCUCAGUGGAUGGAAAGCCUUUCCUUCAGUACGACAGUGACAGCAGCAAGGUCACACCUGUGGGUCUGCUGGGGGAGAAGGUCAAGGACACCAAAGCAUGGAGAGAUGUGGCCCAAACUGUGAAUCUCAUGGGAAGAGAGCUUAGGAAGCUUUUGUCUGACAUGUACCAGAAGAAAUGCCUGAGCAGAGGUCCCCCCAGCCUGCAGGCCCAGCUGUGUUGUCAGAGGGAAGCAGGAGAGUGCACUGGUGCAUCCUGGGAGUUCAGCAUCGAUGAACAGAGAGCCCUCAUUGACAUGAUGACCAUGAACUGGACAGUCAUUGACCCUGGAGCCAGAGGGAUCAAGAGUGAGUUGGUGGACAACAGUGACUUGGCAGAGGAUUUCAAGAGGAUCUCCAUUGGAGACUGCAGUCAAUGGCUUAAGGGAUUCCUAGAGCACUGGGAGAAAAUGUUGGAGCCCACAGUGAUCCCAGAUGCCUCCAAAUCAUCUCCAUCCACCUCGCCAAUCACAAGGAUCCACCCAAUGAUCUUCAUGUGUUCAGUGCUGAUGACCGUUUGGCUGCAGAUGUAGAGAAAGUGAGUCAAAAGAAAGAGUGCAGUGACUGACCCAGGCAAUCACAUAUGUCUACUUGGUAGGAACAGUGACAUUACCUCUUUUAAAAGUGAAUUCCCACUUAGCAGAGUGGUAUGCAUUGAUUGUGUUGCCUUAAGAGAUCUGCUGAAGCCUGAACCCAGUAGCUCAGUCUGUGAGCUUGUGUGAAGCAGGUCAUUCGUGAAGGUGGAGUCUUUAGGCGACUCUGAGUCAAUAUGAGUUUUCCUUACAAGAAAUGAAUUUAGCGCCUGGGUGGUGGCGCAUCUGACUGAAAGCAUGUUACAAUGUGCGAGGACCUGGGUUCAAGCCCCCAGUCCCCUCCUGCAGGAAGAAAGCCUCAAGUAGUGAAGCAAUGCUGCAGGUAUCUCUCUGUCUCUCUCCCUCUCUGUUUCCCCCUUCAUCUAGGUUUCUGGCUGUCUCCAAUAAAUAAAGAUAAAUUUUAAAAAGUUGUUUAAAAAAGAAAUGAAUUUGGACUCAGGAACGUGUAAGUAUGACAACAGUGAGAAUAUGAAAACAAACAUAAAGAAGACAUGUGACGAUGGAGGCGGAGAGGGUGUGAGCACUGCCGGGGCUGGACAGCCUCAGAGGGAAGGGGCCCUGCUGACUCCUGGAUCCUGCGCUUCAGUCUCACCUGCUCUGCCUGGGACUGUGAUGCUGUGAUUCAUAAUGAAUGAAAUCCACUAAACUUCAUCUCCUUUCUGGCAUAGAACUGUUUUUAUUUAACUUUGAGAUUCAGGUCUCUGAUGUUAGAUUUUCAAACUACGAAACAAACACUAGCUUGGAUAGAGAAUGUUCAAGCAAAGACCAGUGUUGCAAGAACAGUUUUUAAGACUCUUUUAUAUGUUCUUAUAUACAAGGCAUUUCUAUAUAUAAAAUGCAUAAUACUUUUACUUAUAACACAUUUACACAUACACUCUUGUGCCUUUUUUAAAUGAUGAUAUCCUCUUUUUUUAAACUUUUUUUUGGUUUGUUUUCUCACCCUUCAUAUAUAUCUUGAGCUUCAUUAAUUUGGUGUUCGUGUUGAGAGACUCUUGUUGCUAUACUUUAUAUCAGCCACUGUAUGACCUGUGUUUCUCUGAAAGAUAAAUAGAUACUAGAUAGUUUCAUUCAUGACUUGAAACACCUGACCUUGUUUUAAAAGAAAGUCAAACUAUUACUAAGAUUUUGUGAAAACUAUGGUAGUUAUUAUCCUUGGGGGCAGACAAAAGACAGUGGUAGUGAGUGCACUGUGGAGCUAUUAUUGAGUCACUAAUAAAAAUACAUCUAAAAAGAAUAGCUGGAUCCUGUUUAUCUUUUUAUUAAUCCACCCACUAUCUAUCUUCUCAUUGGUGACUUGAGGCUACUCACAGUGAGGGAGCUUGUCCAUAUAUUUCAUGUGUUUUCCUUAUUUCUCUUCGAUUUUUUUUUUCUUGCAGUUUGAUACACUUGUGGCUUCCUUUCCUCUAUUUGCAUCUAUCUGCUGUCUCAUCUGAAUGGCUUCCCAUAGAAAUUUCCUCACUUACUUCUUUCCUUUUUUUUUAAGUCUUUUGUUUAAUAUUUAUUUAUUUGUUUAUUCCCUUUUGUUGUCCUUGUUGUUUUAUUGUUGUGGUUAUUAUUGUUAUUGUUGUCAUUGUUGUUGGAUAGGACAGAGAGAAAUGGAGAGAGGAGGGGAAGACAGA